AUGGAGACACUGGAGGAGCCUGGACUCUGCUUCCCACAGCUCUUCAACGCCUCCUGCCGAAAGCAUACAACACCUCGCUCUGAGACACUGUUCAUUUAUAUUCUGCUUUCCUGCAUGUCUGUGCUCACUGUGACUCUCAACCUGCUGGUCAUCAUCUCUAUCUCACACUUCAGGCAGCUCCACACUCCCACCAAUACCAUCCUCCUCUCUCUGGGUGUCUCGGACCUCCUUGUGGGCCUCAUCGUGAUGCCCUUUCAGAUCCUAUUAACAGAACCUUGUUGGUUCCUGGGUGACUUGGUUUGUGUUGUGUUUUUCUUUUUUGGCUUUAUCACUGUUCCUGCCUCAGUAGUAAACAUGGUGCUGAUCUCAGUCGAUCGCUACAUGGCCAUCUGUGACCCUCUACAUCACCCCACAAAAAUCACUCAAAGGCGAGUUCAAGUCUGUGUGGUCCUGUGUUGGGUUUAUUGUGCUUUCUACAGCUUUGUGAUUCUAUAUGACAACCUGAAGCAACCAGGCAGAUUUAACUCAUGCUAUGGAGAAUGUGUGAUUAACAUAAUCGGUGCGCUUCACAUUGUGAUAAGCUUCAUCAUCCCCAUCUCAUCCAUCAUCGUGCUGUAUAUGAGGGUGUUUGUGGUGGCUGUGUCUCAGGCUCGUUCCAUGCGCUCCCACGUUGCAGCUGUAAAACUGCAGCGUUCACUGACUGUGACUGUUCAGAGGUCAGAGCUGAAAGCAGCCAGGACUCUGGGUAUCGUUGUUGCUGUGUUUCUCAUGUGCUACUGUCCAUAUUUUUGUGUUUCCCUCUCUGGCUAUAACAUCACAAUGGCUUCUUCAACUAACACGUUUAUGAAUAUUUUACUGUUGCUCAACUCUUGUUUUAACCCUGUGAUUUAUGCCUUCUUUUAUCCCUGGUUCAGAAAAGCUAUAAAAGUCAUUGUUACAUUUGAGAUACUGCAGCCUCGCUCCUGUCAAACCAACAUUCUGUAG